CCUCAGUAAAGACACAACAUCCAAACAUGGCUGCUGCAGCACUCGUCACAGAGAACUUUAAGUUUGUGUCCCUCUUCUUCAAGAGUCUGAUUGCACUGGGCACUGUGGCCAGCCAGACUGCAUACAACGUUUUCUCCUUUGAAUGUCCUUGUUCGUCUGGGAGGAACUACCUCUACGGCCUGGCUUCCAUUGGUGUUCAGGCGCUGGCAUUUUUCCUCGUUGGAAUAAUGAUGAACAAGAGCACGUGGGACCUAGUGUCUGAGUGUCGGCUCAGAAGGUGCCGGAAGCUGUCGGGAGCCUCUGCCUUUGCGCUGCUGGGAACCAUCAUCGGUCGAGGUGUGGUGGCGCCGAUAACAUGGGUAGUUUUCUCUUUGCUGCAGGGCCAGGCGUACAUGUGUGCCCUCACCGAGUUCGUUGACCCCGGCACACUGGAGGGCUUCCCCUCAGGUCAGGGGUCGAUGGUAAUGGCGAAAUUCCCAUGUCAAGACAGUGUUCCAACAGAGCUGCAACGCUUCUGGGCCGAAGUUGAGCGACGACUGAAAUAUGAAUCUCAGCUCAUAGGCUGGCUGCUGGUGGCAGUAAUGUCAUUGACGGUGUUCCUGAUGCUGUGCAUGAAGCGCUGCUCCUCUCCACUUGGCUACCAGCAGGAGAAUUACUGGUCCCAGUACCGCUCUGAUGAAAAGACCCUCUUCCAGCGCACUGCGGCUGUCCACGCCCGCCUGCUGGCCGCGGAGAACGUUAAGAGCUUCUUUGGCUUUGGGGCACUGGAGCAGCUGGCUGAGCACCAGAGUGCCGGUCCCAUCUGUAGCACCAACUGGAACAGGGUGACUGGUGUCUACCUCUACAGGGAGAAUAAAGGACUGCCUCUUUAGAACAGGCUCAACAAAUGGGCCACGUACAGUCUGGAGAAUAACAUGGAGGCUAUGGAGAAAGAGAUGGACAUGCUCAGCUGACCGGAUCCUUCUGGAAGGUGGUCCAGUGACUGCUAGCAUAAAGGCCUCAGUAUGUUUCAAACAGAGUGGGUCAUCAAAUAGCAACUACAGUGUAACCCCCUCCCUCUUCUCCUUUCCUAUUUCAUAACUUUCUCUGACAAUUGUCGUAACUUUCUGAAACAGACAAUCUUGACGGUCACACACACUAUUUCUGCCACAUUGCCUUUAGGCAGGUUUCGAUGAUAAGACCAAUUUAGUUUGAAACAUACUGAACCUUUUAGUUCACCAUCAAUACAACUUUGGUUAUGCUCCCAGAUGGACACUUGGACAGCUGUGGACAGCAUUUGGAAGACAAGUUUGGAGGGCACCAAUGCACGGUAGAUUGCUAUGCUACCACUUGUAGCGUAGUGGUGGCGUGGACACGUCUGGACAAGUCUGCUUGGUCACACACAUAUAUAUGUGUUUAUAUAUGUUAGUUUUUGCCAUUCAAAUUAUCUGAAAAGUAUCCUUUUGACUUAGUGUUUCAAUGUGAUCCAAAAAUAUAAAAUUUUAAAUAAUCCGAGCGUAUAGGGCACUGAGGUACGUUUACCCCUGGUAUUAACAUGUGGUCUGUGU